AUGGGCAGCCGCCCUUCCUCCCGGGGCCCCGCGGGCGGCGCCAGCGCCCUCUGCCACCUUCCCCUGUGCGCUUCUUCCCCUCGCUGGGAGCGCUGCCGCUCCCUGCCUGAAGGAUGCUGGCAGACGGAAUUCAAAGGGAUGGCUAAAGGCUCGCGGCAGCCCGGUGUCAGGCUUGCCGACGGAAAGGACCCUGCGAGUCCCGUUCGUUCUGGGCGCGCACAGGGCUGGCGGACGGAGCGGCAGAGGGAAAACAGCAGCCACGUCCGAAGGAAAGCUUUUGGGAGGCUUAAAACUGAUUUUAAACUUCUUUUUUUCUUUUUAAUAACAGUUGAUGAAUCUGAACUCCUCACUGUGCCAGAUGGAUGGAAAGAGCCAGCCUUUACAAGAGAGGAUAAUCCCAAGGGGCUGCUGGAAGAAAGCAGUUUUGCAACAUUGUUCCCGAAGUAUAGAGAAGCCUACUUGAAAGAAUGCUGGCCACUUGUCCAGAAAGCUUUGGGUGAACAUUAUGUGAACGCAGCACUGGAUCUAAUUGAAGGAAGCAUGACUGUCACUACUACUAAGAAGACUUUUGAUCCAUAUGCAAUCAUUAGGGCUAGAGACUUAAUAAAACUUCUGGCAAGAAGCGUUCCAUUUGAGCAGGCAGUUCGUAUCCUUCAGGAUGAUGUUGCAUGUGACAUCAUUAAGAUAGGCUCUCUGGUGAGGAAGAGAGAGACUUUUAUAAAAAGAAGAGCACGGCUUCUUGGGCCAAAAGGAUCUACUCUGAAGGCCCUGGAACUGUUAACAAACUGUUAUAUUAUGGUGCAAGGCAACACUGUUUCAGCUCUUGGACCCUUUAGUGGGCUAAAAGAGGUUAGAAAAGUUGUUCUGGACACAAUGAAGAACAUACAUCCCAUAUAUAACAUCAAGACUUUGAUGAUCAAAAGGGAAUUAGCAAAAGAUCCUGAAUUGAGGACACAAAGUUGGGAAAGAUUUUUGCCUAAAUUCAAGCGGAAGAACUUGAAAAAACGUAAGGAGCCCAAGAAGAAAAAUACUAAGAAGGAGUACACACCGUUCCCACCUCCACAGCCAGAAAGUCAGAUUGAUAAAGAAUUAGCAAGUGGCGAAUACUUCUUGAAAGAAAGACAGAAGAAACGCAAGCAAAUGGAAGAGAUAAAGGCAAAGCAAGCAGAUGCAGUCAAGAGAAGGCAAGAAGAAAGAAAUAAAGCUUUUAUCCCACCAAAGGAAAAGCCAGUUGUGAAAAAGAAAGCCUCCACUGAGAAAAAGAUUGAUAUUGAAGCCAUCAAAGAAAAGGUAAAGAAUGCAAAGAAGAAGAAAUUAGGAGCACUCCCUGAGGAAGAAGUAAAGUUAAAAAUGGCAGCAGAUGAAAAGAAAAAAAAGAAAAAGAAGUAAUUCAUCACCCAAGAUGUUUGUUUACUUGUCACCUCUGAUAAUGAGCAUUUUUACAUUUGGAAGAUG